AUGGCACCAAUCCGCCCGAUGCCAUUGGAAGAUGCUUUGCACCUCUUAGCCGGUGGUUUUCUGCGUGGUGGGAUUGGAGGUUUCUUAAAAGGGGGUUCAAACAGUACAGCUACUGUUGGUGGUCAAAAAGAUGUGCGAGCAGGCAUUGCCAUGGGUUAUGUUGAACUAAUGCGCGAAAUGGGAGCCACUUGGUUGGAACGGAAUCUAGCUGUGGUUUGUCGUCAUCUGCUAGAGUUAGCAGCUAAAUGUGGAGGACUUGCAUACACAAAUUCCCCAGCACAAGCAGCUGAAGCGAUCUUCCUCCGUAGAUGUGUGUCUUAUAUACUACGAGCGACUGUAGGGACAAUGCUAAGCGAGCAAGCUCAGAUCACCGCGUGCAAGUAUUUGGGUCAACUUUUAGCUGAUUAUAUUAACUCUUUUGGUGAGUUUUGAGA